GCGGCCUCGAGGCGCUGCUCGCGCACCAACUCUUCAGUCUUUUUGCUUCCCAUUUUGUACCCUACAGUACAGUACGUCCACCGAAGUACUGACGUUUCGCUGUGCAUGGCCGACGUGUGCAUUCCGAGGUUCGCAUUCGCGUGGUACCUGCUGUGUCACAAUUAUUGCAUUUAAAACAUAACGAUCGCGGCAUACACCGACAUCGCUGAUACGAAAAGAAAAAUUCGUGAAUUCGGACUCCUGCUGCGAUUCGAACCACCUUUACAGACUCCAUCCCUCGUCGGUGGUGAAGGAUUAAUUUAGUAGGAACCCUGUAAACCGCGACCACGCGACACAACGCGCAGCAAUGUCCAACGAGGAGACUUCCGCCGACCGUAAUGUCGAAAUCUGGAAAAUCAAGAAACUCAUAAAAAGUCUCGAAAUGGCUAGAGGGAAUGGGACGAGUAUGAUUUCAUUGAUCAUCCCACCAAAAGACCAAAUAUCAAGAGUUAGCAAAAUGUUAGCAGAUGAGUUUGGAACAGCAUCAAAUAUUAAGUCUCGUGUAAAUAGAUUGUCUGUUCUGGGUGCAAUCACUUCAGUCCAACAUAGGUUAAAAUUAUAUACAAAAGUGCCUCCCAAUGGCUUGGUUAUAUAUUGUGGUACUAUUGUAACAGAAGAAGGAAAAGAAAAGAAGGUCAACAUUGAUUUUGAACCUUUUAAGCCUAUUAAUACUUCUCUUUACCUUUGUGAUAAUAAGUUUCAUACUGAAGCUCUUACAGCAUUGCUUGCGGAUGAUAACAAAUUUGGUUUCAUAGUAAUGGAUGGUAAUGGAGCACUGUUUGGCACUUUACAAGGAAAUACUCGCGAAGUACUACAUAAAUUUACUGUAGAUCUUCCAAAAAAGCAUGGCAGAGGUGGUCAAUCAGCGCUCCGUUUCGCUCGAUUACGUAUGGAAAAACGGCACAACUAUGUUCGAAAAGUUGCAGAAGUAGCCACUCAACUCUAUAUUAGUAAUGAUAAACCUAAUAUUGCCGGUUUAAUUUUAGCGGGUAGUGCUGAUUUCAAAACAGAACUUAGUCAAUCCGAUAUGUUCGAUCCAAGGUUGCAAGCAAAAGUUAUAAAAUUAGUAGAUGUUUCAUAUGGUGGGGAGAACGGUUUUAAUCAGGCUAUUGAAUUAGCUGCAGAAUCCUUACAAAAUGUAAAAUUCAUUCAAGAAAAAAAAUUAAUUGGACGUUAUUUCGACGAAAUCUCGCAGGACACGGGAAAAUAUUGCUUUGGCGUAGAAGAUACAUUAAGAGCACUUGAAUUAGGUAGUGUAGAGACCCUCAUUUGUUGGGAGAACUUAGAUAUUCAGCGAUAUGUUUUAAAAAAUCAUACAAACGCAGAAGAGAAAGUUUCACACCUAACACCAGAACAAGAAAAAGACAAAACUCACUUCACUGAUAAAGAGAGCGGGGUAGAAUUGGAACUCGUAGAGUGUCAACCUCUGCUCGAAUGGCUUGCAAACAAUUACAAGAGCUUCGGCGCCACCUUGGAAAUCAUUACGGACAAAUCUCAAGAAGGUUCCCAAUUUGUAAGAGGUUUUGGCGGCAUUGGAGGUAUAUUGCGGUACAAAGUGGACUUUCAGAGCAUGCAGUUGGAGGAUGUUGAAGUUGAUAGUUUUGAUCUGGAUGACUAUUAAAUCUGUGCGACAACAGACAGUUCUUUUAGCUACAGAAGAAAACAUAAGUAUAUGUUCUCCCUUGAUAAAUUAUCAUAUGAUGCAACAUGUGCAACACACACACACACACACAAAAUAUAUGUACACACCAACAGAGAGGAACAAUUACACACAUAUAUACAUCAUAAAAUUAUUCAUUAGAGUUCAUUUAAGCAAUCGAUAUACAAAAGAGAGAAGCACAAGAUGCAGCGCGCCGAUAAUCCAUGUCCAUGAAGAAAAAAGGCAACUCGAAGACUGUGACACUUAAUUAAGCCAGCUUGAUACCUGCCUAUUCUCACACAACAUUACCUUGUAUUACAAUUAUAGUCUUUAAUUAUUCACAUGGAUUUAUUUCAAUAAUUACACGCGCUACAGUGCUGAAUAUGUUUGUACAGUACAUGAUUUAAAACAUCAUAAUUUUAUAUAAAAUUGAUGUUUGUCAUUAUAUUAUGAAUUUUAGGGUGGAAAAAAAUAUAAGUAAAAAAGAGUACUCUAACGGCGAAGAUGUAGCGUUAUUUUUGUUCAGACACAAUCAUAAUAAGCUGUAAUAAACUGAUUAUUAUAAACUUGAAGUUGCGUAUCGUGCAUUCUAUACCGAUUACUAAAUUCAUAUGAAUAAUGAAGAGUUCUGUACAUAGACUUAAAUUUUUAAUGGCACUGUUGCCUUAGACAUAAGUUAAGGUCGUGUAAUAUCCCGGGAAAAAUAAAACCUUUCCGUCUCAUCGAGUGAUACACAUAUGUAAACAUAAGAGAUAAUUUUCGUAAUCUAUAUUAACUUCGCUGGCCCUCGACUCUUAUAUUUUGUACACUCACAAAUGUAUAUAACGAAUGCUUCGCAUGUGUAUCAAGGUAUCUUUUUGAUUGUUACAAACGGUGCACUCCAUUAGUAAAAGAAAAUAAUAUCUUCCACAAUAUUUGCGUGGUAGUUAUUUGAAAAAAGAAGAAAGAAAACGCAGGAAAUGUUACGAAAUUAUUUUAACAUUGUUAAUUUAACUGGCUUAUUCAUAUGAUGCCUUUGUAAUAAACAAUAAUAUGUAUGUAUAAGUAUGGGAAGAAUGAAACGUACAAUUUUGGUGAAGUAUCUUUUAUGAAAUAUCGCUGUAUAGUAUAAAAGAAAAUUCUUGUGAAUGUUGUGAAAAUCUUUGGUAAAACUAAUAUAUUGUUAAUUGAUAGUAUAAUUAGAUAUUAUUUAUACUAUUUCACCAUAUGUGAUGAAGGGAGCAAAGUUUUACGGAAAACUUCAUCAAAAUAGAACGUUCAAGGAAAGAUCCGGCUUACGGUAUGUGCACAACGAAUUUCGAAUCAUGGUUUACAAGUAUUGUAUCUGUGUAUUGUCUUUACGAAACUGAUGUGUUAAAUAUCGGCUUAAUGUUUCUUGGAAUUUUUAUAUGUAAACAUUCUUUCAAUAGGUAUCUAGGUAAUUAUUUAUUACUAUGUCGGUGCGAUUAGUUCUUCUGCUUAGCAGAAGCUUGUUUUAAGUAUGCUUAAGUCCUAGUUCUGUAAGAACACGAUAAACACUUUGAGGGAGACUAGGAAAAGCCUUGUAAUCUUUGUAAUCAUAUUUUAUUUUUGUUUGUCUUGAGACGUAGUCUAUUACACCUUAUUUAAACGUGUCAAUGACGUACUUAGAUUAUGGCUUACCUAUGAUCUCUUGUAUGAGCAUAGUUGUAUAAUAUGCUAACAAAUCUACAAUUUUACGUUUUUUUCGGCAGUUUAUAUUCUCACGUAUUGCAUUACCAAAAUAUUUUUAUUUUGUCAGGAACUAUUUAUGUCUGACAAGGCAAUACAAAGAUGUAAUUAUUACAAAAUUUUUAUUAAUCAAACUCUUUAAACGUACGGAUUUAAUACCUCAUAUUUUGUAUGUAUCAUACGUGUAAUUAAACACGUCAGCUGCGUUUGAAGUUUUCACAGAAUUUAGUGCGAAGAGGAUACCGUAGAAUUAUGGAUUUCAAGUUCAACGAUUUGGAGUUGGCUGUACUAUGAGAUUCAAGUUCUAUUUUAAAACAAUGUUCUGUGAAGUGACAAAAAGGGAUAUUGAAAUAAUGAUUAUGAGAUAUAUUAUGGAACACAAAAAGUCCAUAUUUAUAAAAAUUCCUGUUAUAGAAAUUAAAAUUAUCUUGGAGAAAUUGUUUUUAUUAUCAAAUUACACAUUCACAAAUAUACAAAAAAGGUUUUCUGCCGUGUUUCUUUUCAUAAUUAUUACAAUAUAUGUAAUCACAACAUACAUAAAAUUUAUCGUUUAGUAAGAUAAGAUUAAUGAACUUGUAUAUAUAGUUGAAAACUAUAUGUGACUCAGCAAUUAAACAUUAUUUCUAAUCCCCCUUUUUUCACAUGCGCAUUACUUAAAAUUUAUACAAAAAGGAAAUGAACAUGUCGUUAAUAUCGAAGUUUCAUUAGAAUCUGGAUAGAUUUAAAUAUGAAGAAUAAGAAGUAAGUGAAAAAUACAAUCUAUGUUUCUCAUGCAAAUAAGUUGCUAUUAGGGCCCGGAAAUAUACAAAACGUAUGCUCCCACGGAGCAUUUUAAAAAUAAAUAAUUACAAAUGUUUAAUAUAUAGAAAUACACAUAGAAUUCGACUAAAUAAUAAUGGUAAUACGAAUUGACAAAAUAGAUGAUAAACAGUAUUUAGAAUGAUUACUCCGUGAUGGAUUUGUGAUGAGCAAUAUUUCCAGGCUCCGAUUAUAACAAUUCUCUUCACAUUUGCAAUUUUAUUAAUGUUUCCCUUUUUAUAUGUAUAAGCAAAUUUUGGUUACACACUAUAGUGAAAAGAAUGUCUUUGAUUAUUGAUAAUUGAUAAGACAUGUUUACCUACGUAACAGAGUGCAGUUAAAUAGAAAAGCUGCCCUUUCCAGUCUAUUAUCCAACUUGAUUCUUAUCAAUAAGAAAAAAGGAUAUUAGCAUAAUAUAAUAAAAAGGAGUUACACAGUGGGA